AUGGAGCCUUCUGAAGAACCUAGUCAGAUUAGCAAAGAUAACUUUUUAGAAGUUCCUAAUUUAUCUGAUUCUCUUUCUGAAGAUGAAGAAGUUAAAGCUACCUUCAGACCUGGUUUCUCCCCUCAACCUAGCAGACGAGGUUCUGAUUCAUCUGAAGACAUUUACACGGACACUCCACCUUCAGGUGCAAGAAGAGUUUCAUUUGCUGACAACUUUGGGUUCAAUCUUGUGUCUGUUAAAGAAUUUGAUUCCUGGGAACUUCCGAGUGGUUCAACUGAUUUUGACUUAAUGAAGGACAUUUUCCACACAGAAGAAUAUGUUUUAUCUCCACUAUUUGACUUGCCUUCUUCAAAAGAAGACCUUAUGCAACAACUUCAAGUACAAAAAGCAAUACUAGAAUCAACUGAGUAUCUUCCUGGAUCUACAAGUAUGAAGGGCACUAUUCGAGUUUUGAAUAUUUCUUUUGAGAAGUUAGUAUAUGUGAGAAUGUCCUUAGAUGACUGGCAGACGUAUUAUGACAUAUUAGCAGAAUAUGUCCCAAAUUCAUGUGAUGGUGAAACUGACCAAUUCUCCUUUAAGAUUUUAUUGGUUCCUCCUUAUCAAAAAGAUGGCAGUAAAGUUGAGUUUUGUAUACGUUAUGAAACUUCUGUUGGUACAUUUUGGUCAAAUAAUAAUGGCACAAAUUAUAUACUGGUUUGUCAAAAGAAAGAACAAGAGCUGGAGCCUGGAAAACUACAGGAAGAAGUUUCUAACAGACAAAUAAAAGGCUGCUUAAAGGUAAAAUCAAGUAAAGAAGAAUCAUUGGUAACAUCAGAUGAGAAUAACUCUGAGAAUUCAAAGAUUACAGAUACCUAUAUCCCAACAAUUGUUUAUUCUCAUGAGGACAAGGAAAACUUGGAAACCAGUAAUCAGAAUGUAAAAGAUGUAAACACGGAACAUGAUGAACAUAAUGAAAAAGAAUUAGAUUUGAUGAUAAAUCAACAUUUAAUAAGAAGUACUGCUUCCAGAGAUGAAAAGAAUACAGUCAAUUUUCCAAAUAAAGCUGAAGGGUUACAGAAGAAGCAAAUCCAUGACGAAGUAUACACUGACUUGUUUAAAAGGCCUUUGUCUUCAAGUUCAUCAGCAGAAAGAUCCUUAAAGGGAGAGUUUUACCACAAUGAAAAAUAUUCCUCAGGAAAUAAGUGUAGUUAUCAACCUUCAGAAGAAAUUACUUCAGAUAUGGGAGAAAUCAAGCCAUCACUGGGAAAUACUAGUAGUGACGAAAUAGUGCAAGUACAUAUUGGUAGCAAAGAAGUACUGGAUGAUAAUGCUAAUCCAGCCCAAGGGAGAGGCAGAGUGCAAAUACCUUGUCCCUCUGCAGAUCAACUAAUGGCAGACAACCUUAAUCAAAACCUUGAAGGAGAAGCUAAACAAACUGAAGUAAAAGAUUGGGAAUGUUUAAGAGGUGAUUUAGGUUUGGAUUUCCAUUCAGAAGAGUCUGUAGAAAAAGGAUCUUCCAAGAAAGCUUAUGGCAAUGGUAAGAAUGAGGAGGGGCAAGGAAUAUGUUUAGGUGUUAAUGAAGAACACAGCAAAAAUUUUCAGUCAAUCUUACAUGACCAAGAAAGGAAGAUGAGCCACUCUGAAAUAAGUGUGGAAGGGAUGGGAGCCAGUAACAGAGACCUAACUGCUCUGCCGAGUAAGGAUACCCCAAUUCAUGACCAGUCAAUCAGAGCAGAUACAUUUCAUUCACCAAGGACAAAUCAAAGCUGGGAGGAAGCUGUGUUAACAACCUCAGACCUCGAUCUCUCGACUAGUGAGGGCACUAUUUUAGGAGGGAUGCCUGGUCAAGCUUGUUUACCAAGAAAUAGAAAUGUUUUGAGGAAUGAGUAUCUUUUCCAAGUUGAAGAAGAAAAAUCAGCCUGGAUUAAUCCCGAAGAUCAAAAUAAGAACACCCAGCAUAAACAAAGUUGGAAUGUUCUGGAAAGUCUGGGAAGAGCAAGAGAGAGUAAGACAAAUAUAACAGAGCAGACCAAAGAACAAGCAGAUUGUGGAGACAUGUGGGAAAAAAGAGAUAAUACAAGGAGUUUGAAAGCUAAUCCUACAGAAGAAUUGUUUACCUGCCAAGAAACAGCGAGCUGUGAACUGUCUUCUCUAGCUGAUCAUGGUAUUACUGAGAAAGCAGAAGCAGGUACAGCUUAUAUAAUUAAGACAACAUCAGAAAGUCCUCUAGAAAGCAUGUCUGCUAGAGAAAAAGCAAUAAUUGCUAAGCUACCUCAAGAGACAGCACGAAGUGACAGGCCCAUCGAGGUAAAGGAAACAGCGUUUGAUCCACAUGAAGGGAGAAAUGAUGAUUCACAUGAUACCCUUUGUCAACGAGAUACAGUAGGUGUAAUCUAUGACAAUGAUUUUGAAAAGGAAUCAUGUUUAGGUAUUUGUAAUGUACAUGUAGAUGAAAUGGAGAAGGAAGAAACCAUAUCUAUUUACAAUCCUGGUAAGACACAUGACAGGAAGAAAUGUGUCAUUGGAAAUACAACAUCUGUAGAAGAAUCCUCACAGGUCAUUACAGGCUAUCAAAAAGCAGCCUCAAAACUAGAUUUACAUUUGGGAAUGUUACCAACAGAUAAAAAAAUAUUUCCAGAAAAUAGAGAUCACGGGCAGAUCCAAGAAUUAUCAAAGAAAACGAAUACAGAUGCCGUUAUUCAUUCUGCUUUAAACUCAGACACUAAUAGAGCUUCUCAGAAGGGCUCUCACAUUUCUAAUCACCAAGUUAAAACUUCACUGCCGUCUCAUGAACAGGCCACUGCUAUAGAGAAUGCAAUUACUACCAUGACUCUCCAAUCUAUUUCUUCUAAAUCAAAAUAUAAUUGUAAUCCAACAAGUGAAAUCCAGGGUGCUGAGAAUCACCAUCCUCCUGCGUCUACACCUGAAGAAGUUUCCAAAAGUUCAAGAAUAGUGACAUCAGAUAGUACGAGGGAAAGAUGUAUAGGCCAGAUUGUCCAACAAGGAGAAUGCAGUGUGGAGAAAUCUCUAGGGCCAACAAUUUUAAUCAGUGAAGCUUCUGAGAACAUGGAAGAGGCAAGGAAUGAAAAAGAAGGAUUAAUAAACUCUGGGCAAUCACUGUGCUCUUCAGGAGACAAGGAAUCUGAGAGCCCUGCUUCUGACAAUCUCCCUGCCCAGGAAAGUCAAGCUCAAAGGGAAUCUCUGCUUUCGAAAUACACCAACUCUAAAAUACCUUAUUUCCUUUUGUUUCUGAUAUUUCUUGUAACCAUCUAUCAGUAUGACUUAAUGACCGGCUUGGCAUUCUACAUUUUUUCAUUGUACUGGCUGUGCUGGGAAGGGGGAAGACAAAAAGAGUCUGUCAAAAAGAAGUAA